CCCGCCCCGCAACAGCCUUCCAGAAUCCCGCACGCCAAACCCGAUCCCCAAAUCUGCCGCCGGAGAGGAAAAAAGAAGCGAAAUCCCCUCUCGCAUCUGCUCCUCCUCGUCGCGUGGCGGUGAGGAAGGAAGGAAGGGAUCGGAGAGGACCCCUACGGCGUUGCCGGUUUGGAGCCCGGACAGGGUUAUGAGCUGCCUCAAGCACCGCCGCUGCUCCGACGCCAGCCGCCUCCAGGACGGCCUCCUCGUCUUCGUCUUCUUCAUAUCGAUUCCCAUACGUAGUGCCAGUAAUCGUUUUCUCAGUAAUUCCAGUAGUAAUUUUAGUAUUAUUAGUAGUACGAGCGAUCUCUUGUAAACGGCGUUCGUGCUCGCGGCUGCUGCGUGCGCGCUGACGGAGGGGUUCUCCUCUGUUGUUGCUUCUCCGUCUGCGUCUUCUUCUCCUUGUUCGGCUUCGGCAGCGGCGUCAGGGGCCGCUAUGGAUCCCAAUAGCUUCAUGACCGGAGGCCUUUUGCUUCCGACCAUUGAGAGGCGAUGCGCUUCGCCUCCAUCCGUCAUCGUGAUCGGCGGGGGAAUCUCUGGGAUUGCUGCAGCUCGUGUCCUCUCCAAUUCUUCUUUUGAGGUGACCGUUCUGGAGUCGAGAGAUCGGAUUGGAGGUCGUGUUCAUACCGACUACUCCUUUGGAUGCCCCAUUGAUAUGGGGGCCUCAUGGCUGCACGGUGUCAGUAAUGAAAAUUCGUUGGCACCAUUGAUCGGCCAUCUUGGACUGAGAUUAUACCAAACUAGUGGUGACAACUCUGUUCUCUAUGAUCAUGAUUUAGAAAGUUGUUCGCUCUUUGAUAAGAAUGGGGUUCAAGUCCCAAGGGAAACAGCUGCUAAAGUUGGAAAAGUAUUUGAGAGAAUUCUUGAGGAGACAGUGAAACUGCGUGACGAGCAGGAACAUGACAUGCCCCUUCAACAGGCAAUUUCAAUUGUGCUUGAGAGGCACCCCCAUCUGAAGCUGCAAGGGCUUGAUGAUCGAGUCUUGCAAUGGUGUGUUUGCCGGCUGGAGGCAUGGUUUGCUGCAGAUGCAGAUGAAAUAUCUCUGAAAAACUGGGAUCAGGAGCAUGUUCUUACUGGUGGUCAUGGUCUGAUGGUGGAUGGAUACUAUCCUGUAGUUCAGGCUCUUGCUCGAGGUCUUGACAUACGCCUCAACCAAAGAGUUACCAAAGUUUCCCGCCAGCACAACAGAGUGACGGUCACCAUCGAGGAUGGCACACAACACUGUGCAGACGCUUGCAUAAUUACAGUGCCACUCGGUGUGCUCAAAGCGAACAUAAUCAAGUUUGAGCCUGAGCUGCCCCUGUGGAAGAGCUCUGCCAUUGCGGACCUCGGUGUGGGCAUAGAAAACAAGGUCGCCAUGCACUUCGACCGGGCCUUCUGGCCGAACGUCCAGGUGCUGGGAAUGGUUGGCCCGACGCCGAAAACAUGCGGCUACUUCCUGAACCUCCACAAGGCCACUGGCAACCCUGUCCUCGUCUACAUGGCUGCGGGGAGAUUCGCCCAAGAGGUGGAGAAACUCUCGGACAAGGAGGCCUUGGAUAUCGUCAUGUCCCACCUGAAGAAAAUGAUACCAGCCGCACCUGAACCUACGCAGUAUCUGGUAUCUCGCUGGGGCUCCGACCCAAAUUCCCUGGGGUCCUACUCGUGCGACCUGGUCGGGAAGCCGGCCGACGUGUGCGAAAGGUUCUCAGCCCCCGUGGAGAACCUCUACUUUGCCGGAGAGGCAGCCAGCGCAGAGCACUCUGGAGCUGUGCACGGCGCCUACUCCUCAGGCCUUGCCGCUGCCGAGGAUUGCCGCAAGCGGCUCAUGUUGCAGAAGGGCGUCCCGGACCUCGUCCAGGUCGCGGCGUGUGAGGAGGUUGCCUCCGCCGCCGCUGAGGUUGUCGCCCCUUUCCAGAUCUGUGGCACCUAAAUUCCAUUCCAAAGGAGUUGUCUGUUCUGCCAUGGCCGAUUGGCUCCAUGCUCGAUUGCUCAGGAGAUUAAUUCAGAUUCUAUAUCUUCCCGAUUUCUUUCUCUUGUGUUUGUUAGUACAAUUAAAAUUAAAUGUUGAGAUCGAUGCGUGGGUCGCUGUACUCAGGUCACUGGAUUGUCCUAUUUAUCUAUCAUUUCCUAAUAAUGUAACAGAAAACAGAUAUUUGGGGAGUGAAUGAGUUGUUCGUUGAUCAUC